AUGUCGUCCGUUUCUGUUUCCACCAACUCUUCUCCUGCAUCCUCUGUCCAGCCCUCGGCCUCGGCGUCCAUUUCGGCGGGCAGCAACCAAAGCCAGGGAGGCGGCAACCAAACCGUUUCGGGCUCCAAUGCAGACUCUUCCUCCGCCGUGAACCGGACGGGUAACGACAAUAGCAACAGCAACAGCACGGUGUCGGGUGGCGGCGGCAACUCGACGGCCAACGGCAACUCGACGAGCGGUGGUGGCAACAACAACGACACUGGCAAGGCGAGCCCUACUGAGGCUCCCGAGCCGAAAGUCAACAAGACCGCUGUGCCUCUGCCCACGACCGCCCCGCCGUCUGGGCCCGCUCCUGGCUCGGCCAUGGCCCUCAACCUGAGCCCGCGACUGGGUCUCACCGCACUGCUUGUUGGGCUCGCUCUCAGUGUCCUCGCCUGA